AACAGAGGUCUGCAUGAAAGAGCAUAUGGCUGAUCAAGGCAAGCAAUAUACCACACUAGGGGUAGGGGUACAGGCCGCCAUGAAAAAUAUUCUCAGGCACAUUUCUGACCCAUGUAGGGAAUCCACCACACAGGGUAGGGGUACAGGCCGCAAUGGUUGUAAGGCAUAUUUCUGACCCAGUUAUGGAAUCUUGUAAGGCAUAUUUCUGACCCAGUUAUAGAAUCUUGUAAGGCAUAUUUCUGAGCCAGUUAUGGAAUCUUGUAAGGCAUAUUUCUGACCCAGUUAUGGAAUCUUGUAAGGCAUAUUUCUGACCCAGUUAUGGAAUCUUGUAAGGCAUAUUUCUGAGCCAGUUAUGGAAUCUUGUAAGGCAUAUUUCUGACCCAGUUAUGGAAUCUUGUAAGGCAUAUUUCUGACCCAGUUAUGGAAUCUUGUAAGGCAUAUUUCUGACCCAGUUAUGGAAUCUUGUAAGGCAUAUUUCUGACCCAGUUAUGGAAUCUUGUAAGGCAUAUUUCUGACCCAGUUAUGGAAUCUUGUAAGGCAUAUUUCUGACCCAGUUAUAGAAUCUUGUAAGGCAUAUUUCUGAGCCAGUUAUGGAAUCUUGUAAGGCAUAUUUCUGACCCAGUUAUAGAAUCUACCACGCAAGGGGUAGUUUUUUUAGUGUAUAUCGAUUAUUUUAUGUGUGAAAAAGGUUAUUAGUUUUAUAUACUAGCUUAAAACCCAUUUUUUGCAUAACAAACGGAAAGUAAUAAAUUUCAGCGGCGUGCGCAAAGUGUUUUUUUAUUGUACUAUCUAAACUCUUUUUUUUUAAUUAAAGAGUCAAUAAAUUAGUUACCAGAAGCGCACGGGGACAGCUGGUUUAUUGCAAAAGAUUGAUUGUAAAAAUGAAUUAUUACUUAGUUUGUUUAGUUUUAAACUUUUAAAUUACAACUUUUGAUUAUAACUCAUAAUCCACUUUUUGUUAAGGAGUCGUUAAUGAAAAAUAAAAAAAUUACUGUACAUCCCAUAUCCCAUCAGUCAUUUGACAGCCUUAAUGUUAAAUUUAAUGCUAAACGUUUCCAGAUAGGAAAGGACGCGAACGCGAAUCCUGGAUGAAAUCAUUGUUUUUCUUUUAGUAGUCCAUAUAGUCCAGCACUGCUUGAGUUGUGAUCUGUGAAUCGUGUUCCAUGACGAAAAAUGUUUUGAGAUGGAAAACAUCACUGGAUCAAAUGGCGAAAUUUCUGGAUUUGUCUUAGCAAUCUAUCUAAGUGAGACGUGUGUGAUCGUGGUGUUGAACCUAUUGGCGCUCUGUGUUUUUCUAACCAAGACGUUUUGCAUCAAGAAGUCAAACUUCCUUCUCCUCAACCUGACCGUGACUGAUCUGCUGGUUGGGCUGUCUCUGGGAGCCAAAACACUUAACGAAAUUUUUAAGCCUUCUGAAUAUGACCUACUUGCUCGCAUUUUUGACUUCUUCAGCACUUUAUCUGUAAAUGUCUCUAUAUGCUCAUUCACUGCCAUGGCAAUGGAGAGGUCGUAUGCGAUCGUUGUGCCAAUGAGACACCGUCUUCUUGGAAACAAGACUUAUGCCAUUGGUAUUGUUCUAAUAUGGGUUGCUGCUAUCUUCGUAGAAAUCAUAAAAUACCUUUUGUAUCGAAGGAUCGUGGUCAUAAUCAAAAUGUUACUUGGUGCUUCGUUUCUGGUGGUUGUCUUUGUCUGUUAUUUGGCUAUUUGGAUCAAAGUGAAGUUCGCGAAACCUCUUCCAAACAGAAGCAGGACGAACAGGAACAACAUUAAACUCACAAUUACCCUGUUUAUCGUGACGCUUAUGUCUACGAGCUGUUUUCUCCCCAGUAUAGUGUUAAUACUCGUGUCUGAUUAUUAUGAUUUUACUGUGCAACUCUUGCCAUUCGUUUUGGUCUACGCCAACUCAUUCAUCAACUUUCUCAUUUACUCAGUUCGAAUGCCUGAGUUCAGGAAAGAGUUGUGCAAAGUCCUCAGAAAGUGUCUAUCACCAAGCCAAGUGUUAAGCUGUUCGUUGAGAAGUACCUCGUCAUCCUCUAAAGAAGGCAUCCCCAUUAUCUCACCUCACUCGGAGAGAAGAGGGAAACCCUCGCUGAUCAUAAAAUCUCAAGAAGGAUUUUACAGCUACUUACAGCGAGAAUAGAGCGAAGGUCAACCUUCGCUGAUUAUGAUGAAUAGCCUACCAUCACAUUAAAACGAAAUUCCCAAUUAUUUACAGCAGACAGAAAGCAACAACAAUGGCAUAGCGAUGGCAGGUCAACCCUCGCUGAUUAUGAUGAAUAGCUUGCCAUCGCCUUAAGAAGAAAUACCAAGUGACUUAAAACACCAUUCAGAAGGCAGAGAUCAACUUCCGAUGAAUACAUUCAACACUCGGGAACCAAUAGCUCAGAAAGAAAAUCCAGUUUCUCAUAACAACCACCGGGCUUCGUGUAUAAAAAAAAAACGGAACAGAAAAUUUGAAAAUAAUUAUUUAUACGCUCCUGCACAAUACAAAGUGACUCAAAGAAUCCAUUUUCAUCGGCUUAUUCAAGCAGGUGAAAAAUAUUCAAUGAAAUAUCAUUAAUAAAGUAUCAGGCUUCAAUCGUGGAUGGUUAAUUUUAAAACACGCAUACAACAAAU